AAGAGCGCUGCGCCUCGUGAGCGAGAUUUUAGUAUCUUCGCUUUUCGAACGGGCCCUUUUUCCAUCAUAUAAAUCAUCGUCAUUGUUAUCAUCAUCAUCUACGAAUUAAAAAUCAUUCGUAUUGUCAUGUUUCAUUCCCUUUCCUUGUACAAUCAAAACGAAAUUUUCCCAUAGCAUUUGUUAUUUGUUAUUUUUGUUGAAUUUUUUGUGUGCUGUUUGUUUGGAUUUUGUUUUUUUUUUAUUUUAUGUCAUCGGAUAGAAAAAAAAUUAUAAAUUCAUACUGGACUGGACUGGACUAGGUUUUGUUGGAAUCAGACCGGGUUUAGCAGCACGUGCACGUGCUUUUGGGAAAACAUUUUAAUCGGAUUUGUAUUCAUGAUAUAAUAUUUAAUUGUGAAUUAUUUGUCACUCGUGCACGUGGAAAAACUGAUAGAUGUUCAAAAAGUUUGUGUAUUGUGUAUUCAAACUGAAUAAGUAAGUUUCGUGCUCGUUAUUAUCGAUUAUAUUCGUAGGAUUGUUAAAUUGUUGGAUUACCGAGAUACAGAAGUGUUCGAGGAAUUUAAUUAGUAUCCACAAAGUGAAAGGGAUAUGAUCUUGUUGGUGGAUCAGUUGAGAACGUUUGUCUGUUAAAAAGAACUUGAGAAAUACAAAGAGAGAAAAAAGAAAACAAAACACUUGAUAUUUUUCAAUUGAUUUUAUCAAUAAGGUGGGACAAGUAUAAUAAGGAAAAAAAGAAGUGGAAGAAGAAGAAAGAAGAAAGGAAGAAAUGAUGUGUAAGCACGAGUGAGAAGAAAAAGUGUAACGGAGGAAAGGAAGGGGGGUGUGAUUGGUGAACAAGAAGAGGGCGGUAACGCGCGCGCAAAAGAGACGCACCUUUAUGAAAGUUCAACGAUAGACCAACAACAAUCCGUUUUACGAAAAUCCGCUCUGACGACAAAAGUGAACUUCUCCCCUUCUUCCUCCUACUCCUCUUACUCGGUAACAAACUUUUUCUAUAAUACGAAAGCUGCUGCUUUAUCAUCGAGAAAUUUUCCAACUAUAUUGGUGAAGAAAUCUGUCUUUUAACGUGUGAUGGACGAAGUGGAACCUGGCAGCGAAUCGACAACGUUGGUACCUUAAGAAAGAAAGAGAGAGAGAAAGGGAGAGAGAGACCAUCCAUUAAAGAUAUCUACGAGAUAAUAGUCGUUACGAAAGAAAAAUUAUUCAAGAUGACACGACGAAAAGGAAAACGAGUUACGAACAUUCCUUAAGAUAGCUGAUAUAUCGGAAGAGAUGACGGAAACGUCAAAGCCGCGGUACGAGAACCGCAGUAGCGGGGAGAGAUAAGGAAGGUGAACGGCAUCACGCCGAGCAGUCAUGUGCAGUGUCAUGUGGCUCCUUCGGCUGCUGACAACUUGCUGCCUCGCACUUCUAUCAGCAUCUGAUUUACGCACAGAUUUACCACUGUCAACGGAUCAAAUAUCAACGAGAGCAACGACUACGGCAAAACGAUCGGUGCCAACAGAUGCACCUAUGCUAAAUUACAUAUUCGAUACACACAGCACCUUAAAUAAGCACCAACAUCAUCACGAUCAUCGUUGGGGUCCUCACUUCGAGGGUGAAAGUUCAGCGAAAAAUCUCACCAUUCAAGCUGGAGCCAACGUUAUACUCGACUGCAAAAUAUCAUUGUUGCAAGACAAAACGGUAUCCUGGGUAAGGAGACAGGAUAACGGUGAAAAAAUGAAUUUAUUGACGGUCGGUCGUCAAACUUAUACAGGUGAUUCAAGGUACACCAUCGAAUUUCAAUAUCCUGACAAUUGGCGUUUACAAAUAAAAAAUGUGAACAGUAGCGACGAGGGUCAAUACGAAUGUCAGAUCAGCACAUUUCCGCCAAAGUUUAUUCUCGUAAACUUGCACAUCAACGCGCCAUCCGUCCAAAUAGUGGACGCAGCGGGUCAACCGCUAAGGGAUAAAUACUAUGAAGCAGAUAGCACCAUCGAACUGUUAUGUGUUGUGCGUCACAUAGCGAUGCAGGUCCAGUAUAGUGUCGUCCAAUGGCUCCAUGGUAAUCGAACUCUGAACUACGACACGACGAGAGGUGGUAUCAGCGUGAAAACGGACCUAAUGGAGGAAGGGGCCAACUCUACUCUCAGUAUAGCGAGGGUCGGACCAGCGGAUAGUGGUAACUACACGUGCAUGCUCACCACCAUGCCUGAUCAGCCUGCAACGAUUCAUGUACAUGUCCUGAACGGAGAAAGCCUAGCCGAGUUGCAUCAUGGUGGUUCUAGCGACAUUCAAGCGGAUGUCUGGAGUUCCCUACUCCUCUUCUUCUUCCUCUUCGCCAUUCUAGGAAGGCUUCAGGUGCUGAGAUGAAGACUCGACAAUGCUCCACCCUACUACCACCAUCACCACCCUUUAACAAAGGCGUUCUUUUCUCGGUUAUAACUGACAAUGAGAUGAUAAAGAUGAGCGUGCAAUGACCGAUGACUUUAAUAACACAUAUGACGUGACUUGACGUGACGUGACAAAGCAAAAAAAAAAAUAAAUAAAUAAACUUAAAAUAAGAAAAAAGAAAAGAAAAAAGAAAAAAUAAAACGCAAAAAAAAACGUUAUCGUCGCUAUACGUGGUACGAACUUUUUUUAUCGUUUCGAAAGGUGUGUGUGUGUGUUUGUGAAUGRAAGAAUGUGAGAGAGAAAGAUUGAGAAUGUUUGUGAAAAUUGAGAAAGAAAUGUACGAUCGACGGCGUUGUGCUUAUUGUUUUAAUCAUACCUUGCAAAACGUUUAAGUAUGAAAAUUGAAUAAUAUAGUUAAAAAGAGUAUGAAAGAGAGAAAUUUGUUAAAUAUAAGUGAUUUUAUAUAGGGACCUGAAUUAUCGGCAAAUUGUUUGAUUAAAAAUUAACGAAAUUAUUCUCAUGGAAUAUAAUUCAUCUAUGUUUUAUUGUUAUUCAUUGUGAUAAUAAUGAAAUCAACGCCGUCACUCGAAUAUGACAAGACGAAUGAUAUUUUUAUUGUCGUAAAUUGAAAUACCGAUAGUAAACUAUUUACCGUUGUCGUAAAUUAAUAUUAUCGUGCUUCGUUGUUAUAACAACGACCGGGAUGGGGGUUUACAUUUAUAUAUCAACGCUUCGGUGAGAACAUUUUCUCCAAGUGGUUGGAAUUGUUUCAAGAAGGUUUUCAUUCAGGGGAUGAAAGUGGAUUGGGGUGCAAGGGGAACAACGUUGAGUAUUUAAACGAUGGAAAAUUGGAAAACAACGACACGAUUUCGUGAAAUAGAAUGAGAUUCGCAUUAAAUAUCGUCCAACAAAAUAUCGUUCAAACUUACAAUGAAAAAUUCGUUAAAAAUUACGAAUAAAUGCGAAUCACGAAGGUCGAAUAAACUCGAGUAAAUAACUCGAUAUUAUUUAAAAAAAAAAAAA